AUGCCAAAGAACCUCAAGCCAAAGAGCGGGAUCGCAGUUGGCCUCAACUCGGGACAUGCUGUCACCCCCCGCCAGCCCAAGACGAAGCCAUCAUACCGAAAGGGUUUCCAGAGCAAGCGCACACUGUUCGUGAAGGAUGUCGUCCGCGAGGUUGCCGGACUUGCACCAUACGAGCGCCGAGUUAUUGAGUUGAUCCGCAACAGCAAGGACAAGCGUGCCCGCAAGCUGGCCAAGAAGAGGCUCGGGACUUUCGGACGCGCGAAGGCGAAGGUUGAGGAGAUGACCAACAUCAUUGCGGAGGCAAGGCGGGCGGGUCACUAAGCGAUGGCUGGCGUAUGGUUGCGAUGUCUCUUACAACUUGGUGGAUUGAUCAUGAAUUCAAUACACUAGAGGGAAGUCCUCAAAAAUUCAAAGAAAGCCCGUGGGAUCUGGACAGUGCUGUAGCCAGGACCUUAUCAUACCCUCAAUGUGACCAUGUUUCACUUCAACACCAUAUUUGGCUGGAAAUUCUCAAUGAUUCGUCACUGAUUGAGAAGUGAAGGUCUGAAAUGAUAAUGCAGUAUGGG